GUGAUCGAUCGACCACAACAUCAACCACCAAAGAAUCUUCCUUUUGCUGUGCUUCGCCCCAACUUUCUUCUUACCUCAUCAAUCCUCAAGUGGAACAGCUCCUCAGUGAGGGCUGUGACAAAAAUACCCACCCACAGCCAGCACCCAUAUCAAACGUUAGCAUUCCACCUUGUGGAUCGAAGAUACAGGACACGUUACGUUGCCUUGCAGUAACUCAUUGUUCAGCUCUGACAGCAUAAACAACAUGGCGUCUAUAUUCAACGGGAUUUUCAACUGGUUCCUGUCUUUGUUCUUUGCCAAGCAUCUGGAAGUCACAAUAGUGGGAUUACAGGCAAGCGGGAAGACAUCAUUAGUCAAUGUUUUGGGUUCCGACCAAUGGUCUGAAGACGUUGUCCCAACGGUGGCCUUCAAUCUUCGCCAGGUACGGAAAGGCAAUGUAACCAUGAAGAUCUGGGAUGUAGCUGGACAACCAAAGUUUAGAGGGAUGUGGGAUCGAUAUUGCAGAGGAGCCGAUGCUAUCAUUUACGUGGUAGAUGCUGCUGAUCACCACUCCAUACCAACAGCGACAUCUGAGCUUCACGCCCUAUUAAACAUUCCGGCACUUGCUUCAGUACCUUUAUUAGUCCUGGCGAACAAGAACGAUCUUCAUGGAGCUAUGGGAGUUGAUGACUUGAUUAAGGAAAUGCGAUUAGGAGAGAUAGGGGGCAGAGCUGUAUCUUGCUACUCAACUAGUAAUAAAACAAAGCAUAACCUUGAUAUUGUCCUUGCCUGGCUCACACAACGCGCCCAUUGAUGAUUGAUUUUGUCAACGCUUUCUUAUAUUAGUCGCGUUAAUAUGUGCUUCCGUAGUACAGCGUCCCAAAAUUGCUUUCCAAAUACAGAGGUAAUGCAAUGUUGUAUCAUACAUCAGACCUCUCUAGGAAAUACUGACCAAAUUGGGGGUUUGCGGCUGCGGAGUUGUAUACCUUAUCCAACCGUUGGUCUCGUCUUCGAUCCACUUUGCUGUUAUGCAUUAUCCCAGAGAUACCUCAAGCCCUAUUAUCCAGACAUCCGCAAUACUUGCC